GCACCGAAGUAAGGUGCGCCUUCAGUUGUUUCCGACCGGGUUCUGUCUCGCCUUGGGAAAAGUGACGACACACGCGCGGCAGACAUCGCGCCUAACUUACCCUGACAGCUCUCAGCUUUGACCAAUAGGGACACUGGAAACGCAGCGACCUCGAAAGUUCAACCCUCUUUUCCAACAUUGCGACGACGAUUAUUUGACGAUUGCUACUUUUACAAGGUGAAGAGACUGCUAAGACGACGGCAUAUCGAGGGCGCAAACCAUGGCGCAUAUGACCAACACCCUGGCCACGGCCGAGCAGCUCUACAAGCGCAAUUCCUUCAGCUCACUACCCGCCGACCUCCAAGAUGUCAUAUUCUAUGCGACGCAGUGCCUAACACAGGCUGCCGGUGUCCUACUCGACCUGCCGCAAUCGACAACGGCACAGGCAAAUGUCUUACUGGCGCGAUACUGGCUCGUCGAGUCGCCAAUGGCAGGAGAAUUCAGCGACGUCUCCGCCGCAGUCCUCUACCUAGUCGCCAAAAUGGGACCCGUUCCACGCUCAACUCGAGACGUCUCAAACGUAUACGCCUACCUCCUCUCCCCAGCCUCCACCCUCUUCCGCGGCGAGCCACCAGACGACGACCUGAAGAAGCGGCCCCGCCCGGACCCGACGACGUACUACCAGACGGAAGGCGAGUACGCCGCCUUCCAGACGCGGAUGCUGGCAGCCGAGGCGCGGAUUCUCUGGGCCCUGGGCUUCGACACGGCCGUCGCGCUGCCGCACGCGCUGGCCGUGACGUAUCUCCAGGCGCUCGACUUCCUUGGGAAGCCGAGGGCGCAGGUGGCGGGGCGGGUGGUUGCGCACCUCAACACGGCGCUGCUGAGCCCGCAGAUGCUGUAUCUGACGCACCAGCCCAACGCGCUCGCGACGGCGGCGGUGUAUAUCGCCGCCCGGGAGGCUGGGGCUAAGAUGCCCGAGGUGGCGUGGUGGGAGGUUUUCGAUGUCGAGAGGGAAGAGCUCGGGUUCCUUGUCGUGGGGAUGAGGAGUCUUGAGGGGUGGGUUAGAGGGGUGAAAGAGACUGGGAUGCUUGCUGGUGGUAUGAUUACCAGAGUUGGGAUCGAGAGGGAGGCUAGGAGGAGGGCUGGUGAAGGGGAUGAGGAAGAUGAGAUUAUGGCGCUUAUGGAUCAGAAGGCGGCAUAGGAUGGCGUCGAACUGCUGGCGGCUUCGAGGAGAGUAGAUUGAUACCCAAACAAAAGCUCUGACUUACUACGUCUUUCCUUGAUCAACGAGAUUCUUGCCUCGUCUUCGGUGCGUCUUUGCAGUAACUGAGGGAGCAAAAUAUCGCUACACGACGGUAGUAACUGUCCCUCUACAACCUGGUCAGGGGGGGGAUUGAGGGUGCUAGCUGAUGUCAUGCUUAUCUUGAGAAGCCUGACAAGAGAACAAUGCAAAGGGGCAACUUGAUCUACUUCAGUAACAAAAUAACCGUAAAUCAUGUAGCUCUAAUGGUGUCUACAAGAUUACCAGCUGUGUACAUUCCGAUCAUAUAAUGCGAACACAUACUGCUC